AUGGCGGCAGCCGGGGACGGCGGCCUCCUCGUCUGCGUGACGGGCGCCAGCGGCUUCAUUGGCUCCUGGCUCGUCCGCUGCCUCCUGGACCGCGGCUACACCGUCCACGCCACCGUCAAGAACCUCCAAGAUGAGGGCGAGACGAAGCACUUGCAGGCCAUGGGCGGCGCCGACACGCGUCUCCGGCUGUUCCAGAUGGACCUCGUCGACCCUGCUUCCAUGGAGCUGCUGGAACCUGCGGUGAAGGGCACGCUCAACGUUCUGCGUGCCGCGAAAGAUUGUGGAGUGGGCCGCGUUAUGCUCAUGUCGUCACAGGCGGCCAUGGUGCCGAAUCCCAACUGGCCUGCAGGCAGGGUCAUAGAUGAUGAUUCUUGGGCCGACGUUGCUCAAGAAGCUUCAGAAGCUAUGGUUCAGGGCUUCAUGCUUGUGCUCAUUUAUGCUCGGAGUUGCAGAUUUGGUACAGCGUUUCCAAAACACUGGCAGAGAAGGCCGCAUGGGUUGCAGACAGCGGUGCUCAAUCCAGGGAUGGUAUUGGGCCCAAUGUUAACACCAUCAGUUAACGCCAGUCUGCGUCUGUUGCUGCAAAUUCUGGGAGAAUCCGGGAGGACAAGCAAGGCUGGGUGGUGCGAACAAAGGAGCCUUCCAAGAAAUUGA